CUCCAUAAAAUGGGCUGGCAACAUAGCCAGCCCCGCCAUUUUGUCACCCCUAUGUCCAAGUUUUCCCGCCUCCAACCCUCAAAAUGGCCACCUCCCUGUCUCUUCACCGCCUUUCUCUGUGCUUCCCACUGCGUCUGGCUCCUCCCUUUUCCUCACAUUGUCAGUGGGUGUAACCACAUCAGGACUUCCCCCUAUAGUCAGGAACUCCCUUUCCUCAUGGACCCCACCCCUUCCAUAAACCCAUUCCACUAUUGGCUUCUCCCCUGCUGCCCAACCACCUUCCGGUUCUCAUUACCAGAACCAGAAAUGUUAAUGGCGGCAACUGGAAGGAAGCCAUUCUGGCUUGCACGGCCUCAUGCCAUCUGGCAGAUCUUGUCCGACCAAAAAGGCCCCGCACUCCACUAAAGCACCCUCCAUCAUCUUUGGGGGAUGAGAGUAGUGAGUCCUCAGACUCGAACACCCAGUCUGAGGACCCCUGGGCCAAGACUCAAAGGGAAGCCACCGAGGAGGGAGACUGGGAACUGGUAAAUAAGAUCUCUCUGCCUUCCCACUUGUUCACAAAUGCGGGAGAAGGCCUUCCUGGGACCCCAUACCCUACAGCGAAGUGAAAGAACUAGUUAAGGCAGCAAAGGAACAUGGCCAAGGAUCCUACUUUUUCAAAAACUUGAUCAAAGCCACCUUCUCCUCACACACAUUGGUCCCUCACGACAUCAAAAAUAUGAUGAACUAUCUCUUUUCCCCAGACGAAUAUAUGCUGCGGGAAUGGCAGUGGAAAAAAAUAAAAUCUAAAGUUCUUAUCACACACUUAUUCAAAAGAUGCCAAUAGACCCAGUUUGUCUAUUGAGCAGUUAGCAGGAGAAGGUGACUUUCAAAUACCAACUGAUCAAGUGAAUGCUAUAUCAGAAGCUGCACUACAGGAAUAGCCACCACAGCCAAAACAUCUUUGCUCCUCACCCCCGAUGAUAACGUACCAACACAGCACUUUAUUAACAUCAAGCAAGGGGUUGAUGAAACAUUUGUAAAACUCGUAGACCAAUUAAAAGUGGUCCUGGAAAAACAACUAGAAGCCCUGAGAAUCGGAAAGAUUUGGAAAGAAGUUCUAAACAAAACUGCUCUCACAAAUGCUAACAUGUAAUGCAUGGCUUUACCCCUUGACAAGGAACCUACCAUUGAACAAACGGUGAAGGCUUGCACCAAGAAUUCCUCCACCAAAAAUACUGCGGCAGAGGCAGCUGCCAAAGGCACAGUCACAGGGUGGCAGGAUUUGCUGUGGUUUCCCAAAAAGACGAAGACUCAUGUUUCUCCUGCAGUGAAUUAGGACAUUUUCUAAAAGACUGCUCAGAAUGGAUGGCCCCACAAGACAAUUGUAAAAACUAUCAGCAGCCCAAGGUACAAUUGCCUUAUUAGCAGCACUUGGGAAACUUCCAGCACAGGGUGGGAUGGCCCCGUGCUACAACAACAAAUGGAAAGCUGUCCCACCCCACUCUGCCCACCAUUCCGGAACACAAGAAGAACACAACAUCAGUUUUGGAGGUUCCUCCACAUAUGAAAAAGAUCCCACAAACUCAAAGGUUCAGGUGGGAACCUAGCACCAGCUGGUCAGUGUGUCAUCCAUUGACUUUCCCAAUAAAACUAUUUAUAAAAUUUCAACAGGGAAACGUGUGCCACAUGAUGGCCCUUGAAACGUUAUUGAGGACUCCAUCAAUGGACCAGAACAAAUAAACAUUUUACCAGAAAUUGUAACUAUAAUUCCAGGGGAUGAGAUUUUUGUCUCCAUCUCCUGUGUCAACCCACCAUGGGUCAACCUAUUGCCCAAGUGUUUUACUACCUCCAGAAUAUCUGGAACAAGUCCUUCUCAAUCCCACCGCAAUGUGGACAUAUAUUGUGGGUGACAAUAAACUCAUGUUAGGGUGUGGCCUGUUCUGUCAUGGGGAAAAGAUCUCCCAUCUAGGGAUGACAGACACUGGGGCAGAUGUCACAAUCAUUGCCCAGUCUGAAUGGCCAUUCACUCGAGAGUUGUGACCUGUGGCUGGUAUGAUCUCAGGGAUCGGGGGUGUUGCGGUUUCUAUGUGUAGUGUAUGCAAUGUUGUUGUUGAAGGUCCCAAGGGCAAAAUGGCAACCAUCUCGCCAUUUGUGGUGAGGGCCCCUAUCACAUUGUGGGGCAGAGACUCGUUGUCCCAAUGGGGGACUUCCAUGCACUUUGCCUGUAGGGAUUUUUAGUUGGAGCCACUGUAAAUCAUGCAAACAUUACCAUUCCUCAACUCACCUGGAACUAAGAUCAUCCAGUUGACCAGUGGCCCCUUCCCUAUAAAAAAUUGAGCACUUUGGAAGCCCUCGUGGAGGAGCAACUUGCCAAGGGUCACAUCACUGAUACCAACAACCCUUGGAAUUUCCCUAUCUUUGUCCUGAAAAAACCCAGCAAGGAUAGGUGGAGGCUCCUCCAUGACCUCUGCAAGAUCACGAAGGCCAUUGAGGACAUGGGGUCUCUGCAACCUGGCUUGCUCACACCCACAAUGCUGCCUUGGGACUGGAAGAUGGCAGUAAUUGACAUCAAGGACUGAUUCUUCAACAUUUAACUUCAUCCCUGAGAUGCCCCCAGGUUCAUCUUCUCUGACCCUUUCUCAAAUAGACAAGUGCCUCUUAAUAGGUACCAAUGGCUGGUCCUUCCAUGAGGAAUGAAAAACUUUACAACUGUAUGGAGAGUUUAUAUAUUGGUAUGCCAUCCAAAUCCUAUUCCCAGUGAGAAGACUGUUCCCCUGAGGCACUUAUCUACCGUUCUAUGGAUGACAUCCUUGUCUGUGCAUCGCAAAAGGCUUACCUAGAUGAUACACCAAGGAAGACCAUUCAAACCAUCAAAGAGGUAGGCUUUGAGACUGACAGGACAAGAUCCCAGUACACCUGCCCCUGGACCUACCUCAGACUUUACAUCUAUGAGCAGAUCACUGUACCCCAGCAGCUCUCCACCUGGGAUGACCCGAAGGCCCUGCAGGAUCUCCACCCACUCUACAGGUCCAUCAACUGGGUGUGUCCCCUGCUGGGAGAGGUCCUUGUGCUGCUGUUCAACCUUCUGUGCAGCAGCAAGGACCUGGAUUCACUACAUGCCCUCACACCCAAAGCCCAAGUGUCCAUUGCCACAGUUCAGGAGACUCUGUCCUUACGUCAAGCACAUUGCUUUGAGCUGCACCUGCCCUUUCAGUUGGCAGUCCUAGAACAAUUCCCCGUAUUCCAGCACUUCUCAAGCUCAGCCCAAGCUAAGCUCAAGAAGCCGCCAAUGCUGAUCAAAAAUCCUGAAACCCGACAAAUAUCUGGUCCUUUCAAAUUGAUUACCUGGAAGAGGGGUUAUGCUUUUGUGUCUUCCCCAUCCGGCCCCAAAUGGAUCCCAGGGAAAAACAUAAAGCCAUACCUAGGCCCUGGAAACGCUGCUCCCUCUGACAGUAACAGUCUCUGAGUUAGCCACUGACCAAUAAAGAUCAAACCAGUUCUGCCUGGAGACGAAGACAUUGCUGCUGACCACUACACAUAUCCAACCAUCUUGUCACCAAGUCUCAAACAAGACACAUGCCUGAACUAGACAUUGCCACAGGCCAGAAAUGAUCUGACAAUUGCUGCUACCCCGUUACUUCCCACAAACCUGUUCAACCCCUGAUACGUUCCCAAACCCCACUUAUACCCCUACACUUUUGUUGCAGUCCGCAACCUCAGGAUCUCAUCCAGGAAGCUGCAGAGUUCUGGGGACCAACAUGGAACACCAACGAGACGGGCUCCCGGUUCAUGAAACCAUUUAUUCAGCAUAGGAACCAACUCAGAUCCAGAACAGAGAGCCCCGAACAAAGGCCGAGCAGGGGUUUUUGAGGGACAGAACUCUUAACGGUCUCCACCCUUGAGGGUGAAGUUCAGGGUCAGGGACCAUUAGAAACACAAGGGAAAAAACACCCCAGGGACUCAAACGCAAUCAGAACACCUGGGCUGUCUUUCAAAAGGGGUUUGAGGUGGGACAAUGUAAUUCUUUGUCUUCCCCCUGAGCCAUGUUGCAACAUCUGCUCCCUUUUUUUUUUUAAAAAAAAAAAUUUGAAUUAGGACCUUAAACUGUUUCCAAAACUUACACCAUAAAAUCUCACCUCUUCCACAGAGCACUCACUUUGCUUUGUGGGACACUAAAAACUCAAUAACAAAGCACAAUAAGUAAACAGAAAAAACACAAUUAAAAACAAACAGAUUAAACAGUGAUGGUACUCAAUACAAAUAUAAUGUUUUUUAGUUCAGUCUUUUCCAGUUUAGGAUUUUCUUUCAGGAAGGGUGCAGCUCUUAGAUCUCCUCUCACAAGGGGUAGCAUUCUUGGAUCUCCAGCUUCGGCUCUGGUUCCCAUGUGGUCGCCACUUUAGAUGUUCUUGGUGAAACCCUGGCUUUGGGAGAUCAGGUUACAGUUUCGAUCUCCCCAGAGGAGGUGUUGCCCAGGAUGGAAAAGGCAGAGCCCCCAGGGGUGGAGCAGCCGAACAAAGGGGUGGGAGCGAAGCAGGAGUUACUGAGGGAAGGGAAGGUUCAGGACCGGAAAAGAAGUAGCAAGGCGGAAACAAGGGAUCCCAGACCACGUGGCUGGCGCCAUCUUGGGAUGGGGGGGGUGGUCCGGGAUGGACUUUCCCGGACAGGGAACCAGGAAUGUGGAAGGCAGGGGGUGAAGGCGGACACGGAAUGGCAGGCAGACAGCAGCAGACCCGCAUCACUCUGGAUGUUCUCUGUCCCUUGCCUGCCUUCAGGAAAACAGGGAUGGCAGAAAGAUACAAGGGUAUCUUUUUUUGCCAACAGGAAGACGGCAGCAACCCGGAGCCAUCUUGGCAUUUUUUCACCCUUUGUCCUGCCCUUAGGAGCAAAGGAGAGGGGAAGAUACAGAGAGGUAUACACUAAAAAAAUGAGGAACUUCACAGAAAACAAAAAACAGUUCACAGGAAGGGCCAUACCUUAAGGUCCAUAAUCAUCCAUAAUGUUAAUAUAAUCAUCCAUAAUGUUAAUAUCGUCCAUAAAGGUCCUUCCCAUGUGUAUAAAAAAAAAACCAAAACCAUCCAUAAUAUGUCUCAAUGGGUGAUGUUAAAUGUUUGUCCCAGUAUUUGGUCUUGCGGCUCCCCCCACCUCCGUAAGCCCUUUUCUUCCCCUAUGCCCAAGGCACUCUCAACUUGGCCCUCCUGCCAGGUCUCUCGAGUCCUCCUUUCUAGGGCGAGGGUCUUGCCGGCUCUCAAGCCAUCAGCCAGGGACUCACAGCGUCCAUGGAGCCGGUCCUGCUGUUCUGGUGCUUCACCGGAUGCCCGCAUUCUCCACCAUUUGUUGCAGUCCACAACCUCAGGAUCUUGUCCAGGAAGAUGCAGGGUUCUGGGGACCAGGAUGGAACACCAACGAGACAGGCUCCCGGUUCAUGAAACCAUUUAUUCAGCAUGGGAACCAACUCAGAUCCAGAACAGAGAGCCCUGAACAAAGGCCGAGCAGGGGUUUUUGAGAGACAGAACUCUUAAGGGUCUCCACCUUUGAGGGUGGAGUUCAGGGACCAUUAGAAACAUAACAAGGGAGAACCUCCCCAGGGACUCAAACCCAAUCAGAACACCUGGGCCAUCUUUCACAAGGGGUUUGGGGUGGGACAAUGUAACUCUUUGUCUUCCCCAAGCCAUGUUGUAACACUACACUGCAUACCUACCUUCACACUACAGUUCCUCUAUCUCUCCCGUCCCAACCCUAACCCAACCUCCUCACACCCACUACCUUUCAGAAUUUCUUUAAAUAAUAAAUAAAGGAGAAUGGAAGGGGAAGAGGGUGAAGUGAAAAGAACGAUCUCUCUCCCUGCCCUAAUGACUUAACAAAUUCUGUUUCAUUCCCUGACAGAAGCACCUCCCUCAGAAAUACCUACCCUCAGUGUGAACAUGAUCUACCUUGAUGUAAUCAUUAUCACCGCAUGGAUGCUCCCGAGAUCACAGCAUGCCUUCGGCUGGGUAGUCCCACAACUCAGUCAUAACGUAUGGAUCACCCUAGUGAAGUCCCUCCAACAAGAAAACAUCCAUGGGCUUGGUCGACAACCCACUGUCAUCAUGCCUGGUCAGGAUUCCUUCUAAGCCCAGUGAAAGCCUCCCCAUGUGGAGGUGGUCCAGCACGGAGAACACCUGGGACUGGUGGACAGAGGCUUCACUGCGCGCACCCAAAGAACUGCAAGAAUUGGAUCUACUACGGUGAUCUAAGGCCAGCUAUUGUCUUCAGUUUUAUUUCUGGAACCCAUCCAUUAAUUUUAUAAGAGAUGUAACCCCAUAUAAAAAGAUUUACAAUUUG